AUGUCGUCCUCUCCUGCCAACGCCGCCAGCAAUGCGCCGGACGCAUCCACCGUACGGUGGCAAUUCAUUGACUCUUCAAAUAACAGUCGAUCCAACUUGACCCAAGUGAAGCGCCAUGUUAUGCAAGAAUAUAUGCGCCAGAAGAAAGGCGGUACUCGUCAAAGUGAGAGUGAAGAGGAGCAACCACGAGCAAAACGUGGGAGACCCAAGAAGACUCGAGCUGCGAUUCGGAAGUCAGAGAAGAAAUUGAAAUCGGACGGUGCCAAUGACAGUCAUCCCCGAGCAAGGAGAUCAACGAGAAAGCAACUUGCAUACAAAGAAGAUCUCAUUGUCGAGGUUAACCGCAACAUGUUUGCUUCCAAUCCUAUUUCGUCUGAUCCUCUGUUGAUUGAAUCGGACGAGAUGCCCUCGUUUGCCCCUAUCCGGCCAUCUUCUGCCCAGUCUCACGAUCUUCCUCUUCCGCUGGAUGGCUUUGUCGACGUACAUCCCCAGAGUUCUCCGACUCAUGACAUAUAUUUUAACAAUAUCUCAUGGUCUUCCCCCUCCACGGCGCCAUACCAGUUCAUGCCAUCACCAAGUACCAUGCUAAGUGAUGCGCGAACCGAAUAUUUCAGCACCCUUCCUCUCGAUUUGGAUCGAAACGGACACGGGGCAUUGGACCCCUAUUUAACAUUUCGCAAUGAAGGAGAGGCCCAAAAUACUCUUCUUCGUAAAGAUCGCGCCGUCUCCCACAUCCCCCAUGACAUCUCCGAUGCUGCAAUCAUUGCCAGUCUGAAUGCUGCAGCCGUGGAGGAAUGCGAUCCCCGACCAGGCCACAAGGAAAUCAGCUCGACACACAUGAGCACUGCACGCGAGAUGAUACGAGCGCGUGGUGGUCCCGCCGCAUUCGCAAACACUCGUAUCGGCAUGAUGAUCAACUGGCAAAACUACAUCUUGCCAGGAUACGAGACACACGGGCCCAACUUCUUCUAUGAAUACGACCAGCAUGUGUCCGUCUCAUCUGACUCUUUAGCAUCACUACCUCAUCCCACCCCAAUUCCCCAUUCAAUGCCCUCUCCACCAUAUUCCACCUCCUCGGCUUUCUCAGAAGUCUCGCCCAGCCCAGAACCUCGAACAAUGCUUCCACCAAGCCUACACUCAAUCCCAAUAGACGAGACCAAAUUCCAAUGCGAAGAGUUCCUUGACUUUCUCCGCCGUUGCGAACAACUUGCCCUAUACCAACGCGAUAAUCCCCAAUCAUCAUACAUUACCCGACACACCGCAAUCCAAGAAACAUCCAUCCUGAACCAAAUCCUUGCAGCACCUCCAGGUGCCAGAUUCCCCACCCCGGACGACCGAAAACAAACCAUUGCCCGCUUAACAGCGUUGGUGACACUCAAUGCCGCCAUGUGGGAUUACCGUAACACCCCGGCGCGCACAGCAAUCUUCCUCGACACACUCGAGAAAUCCCUGGUCGACAGCGAAGUCGGCAUGAGUGGCUCCGUCGAAGCCAUGCUCCAAGUCCUGCUCGAAUGCACAAAUGGCACUCCUGAUGGCUGGUCCCACAGUGCCGACGGCUUUGCUGCCGCUGGGCCAGUAGUAGAGAUUCCAGAUUUCUCUCAAUACUUCCCGACUGCUACUUCGCCCUCUGCGCGCCCGUGGUUCGCGGGGCGUAUGCUCAAGAUUGCGAGUCGGCUGAGUAGCUUGUCGUGGUACCGCGUGAAUGAGUUUUUGUUCUCGUGUUUGACCCUUCAGGUGCAAGAGCCGUCGAUGGGUCUUUGGGAGGCGGAUCUUCGUCGAGAGAUUCUCGAUCAACCGACUAAUUAUUUCAUGCGGUAA